AUGGCUCCAAAGUUCCUCACAGUGUACUUUGACGAGCACAACCCCGACACGGAGAAGGGGGCAAAUGCGCAUGCUCGUCGGUCCCUCUCGGGGCUGGACUACUCGCCAUUGCCCCGUAUCACAGGGAAGUCUCUCCUCCUCGCGACAUUUGUAUCUAUGGGCGGAAUUCUCUUCGGUUAUGAUACCGGCCAGAUUUCCGGCUUCCUGGAGAUGCCAGACUUCCUGGAUCGCUUUGCUCAGACAAACAGCCACGGCGAGCACGCCUUCAGUACGGUCCGCUCUGGCCUCAUCGUCGGUCUUCUCUCCAUCGGCACCCUCAUCGGUGCUCUGUGUGCUGCUCCCAUUGCCGACCGCUUCGGCCGCAAGUACUGCAUCUCCUUGGCAAACCUCAUCAUCGCCAUAGGUUUCAUCAUCCAGAUCUCCGCCGACCGCGAAUGGGUCCAGAUCAUGAUGGGUCGUUGGGUUGCUGGUCUCGGUGUCGGCGCCUUGUCUCUCCUUGUGCCCAUGUUCCAAGCUGAGAGUUCUCCUCCUUGGAUCCGAGGCGCCAUGGUUUGCACAUACCAGCUCUUCAUCACCAUCGGCAUCUUCCUCGCCGCCUGCUUCAACUACGGCACCGUGACGCACCAUCCCAACAGCUCAGCUUCGUGGCGCAUCAUCAUUGGCCUGGGCUGGGUAUUCACUCUGGUGCUCGGCAUUGGCAUCCUGUUCUUCCCCGAGACGCCGCGAUUCGACUACAGGCAAGGCCAUGUCGACCGCGCCCGCAACACCCUCUGCAGCAUCUACGGUGCGGCACCAAACCAUUGGGCUAUCCAUACGCAGAUGGAGGAGAUUGAAUCCAAGCUGCGGGCAGAAAAGGCGGUCAAGGGCAAUCCCGUUUCCGAGUUUAUCGACAUGUUCCGCGCCCCGCGGAUGGCCUAUCGUAUCUUCAUCGGUGUCUCUCUGCAGAUGUUCCAACAACUCACGGGUGCCAACUACUUCUUUUACUACGGUACCACAAUCUUCCAGUCUGUCGAGAUCGACAGUUACAUCACACAGAUCAUCCUCAACACCAUCAACUUUGUCGUCACAUUCAUCGGUCUCUAUAUUGUCGAGCACUACGGUCGCCGCAAGUCCUUGAUCACAGGCAGCAUCUGGAUGUUCAUAUGCUUCCUCAUCUUUGCCUCGGUUGGCCACUUUGCCUUGGACCGCACAACGCCGCAGAAUACGCGCAGCGCGGGCAUCGCCAUGAUCGUCAUGGCCUGCCUCUUCAUCCUCGGCUUCGCUACAACCUGGGGACCCAUGAUCUGGACCAUUAUGGCUGAGAUCUUCCCUUCGCGCUACCGAGCGAAGGGCAUGGCUUUAUCGACGGCCAGUAACUGGCUGUGGAAUUUCCUGCUCGCCUUUUUCACGCCCUUCAUUACCAAGGACAUCGAUUUCCGCUAUGGCUAUGUCUUUGCGGGCUGCAAUAUCCUCGGUGGCCUUCUCGUCUACUUCUUCGUCAUUGAGGGCCAGGGGCGCACCCUCGAAGAGAUCGAUACCAUGUAUCUCGAACGUGUGAACCCCAUGAAGAGCACCAAGUGGGUGGCUCCUCCGCCUGACGAGAUGAGUAGAAUUCGCAAGGAGGCUGGCACUGAUCUCGAAACGGCUCUUCCGGCCACAAGCGACGAGGAGAUGCUGCAGCGGGAUUCAGGUGCUGAGAAUAGCCAAAACGCAAGUCGGAGAAAGGAGGAGCACGCAGGUACCACCCACGAGGAGGACGCCUAA